AUGCUGCCCUUCCGCCUCCUUUGCCUCAUCAGCUUGAAGCGAUCUUUUGAAUGCGUCGCCGAGUCAGGGGCGGAUGAAUGCCUGACCCCAGAGCGUGAGCGUGCAUGGGACUCCCGUUCACCGAGUGUCUGCGAGGGUGCAGGUGUAGGCUCAGAGUCAAGGUCCAGUGAAUCUUCGACAUCGUCAUCAUCGAGUGCCUCUGAAGCGGAGGCUGAAGAGCAGGUGUUAGGUAGGGCUGGCGUAGCUCAGUUUUAUGAAGUGGAGGGCCCGCUGCGGCAGCAUGUGACCGCGAAGAUGCUUCACAGUGCUGCUGGGUCCGAGCAGGAGGCCAAGACCAAGUGUGGUCGAAGGACGGGGAGUGCCUACGUCCGGCUGCCGGGUGCGGUGGCGAGAUGGCCGAGAUGCUCCUUUUGUUUCAAAGGAGAAGUGAUCGCCAACAAGAGUGAUCUCGCGCGGGCGAUUGAUGCCUUGAGGGUUGUUCAUUUGCAGCGGAGUGCUCAGGCUACAUCGAUACUGUCAUCCACUGCAGCGCUGGAGGCGCAAUGCGACAAGGUUGGCUUGUCUACGGAGUGGGUAACAUCAUUUAAGACCGCUAGUGUGGACUCGCUUUUGAAGCUGAGUUAUUCGGUGACCUUGCCUGGGACAGCAGCCACGGAUAGGGACAUUGAGGACUUUGCAGCCAAGCUUCGACCGGGCGUAGGCUUGUCGCUUGGAGACUCUGCUGCCCUUAAGCGCCUAGUUUUUGAGGCUCAGACGGCGCUCACUUUGGAUGCCAAUAAGACGGGGCUGGUGCUCCGGGACGAAGAAUCGUUGGCCCAGUUGGCCCUCACUUCUGAUCACGAGCUUUAUCAGGCUAUGGUCCGAAGGGCACUAGCAAUGGAUGUAGUAGGCCUUGCAACUUUCUCGACCUCCCAGGCUUGGAUCGAGAGGAUGUUCGAAACAUUGAACCAGGAGGCGCCUCCAGGCUUCAAUAAGGUCAGCAGGGCUCAGCUUCUGAGGGCUGACAGGCAGUGCUUCGUGGAGUUAGCCCGGUCGUGCAACGGCAAAUUGAAAAAGCAGAGUGGAAGCAAGCUGCCCUGUGAUGAGGAAAUCUCGCGUCUUCACUUGAUGCCCGAGAUCAUGAUGUUGCUUUUGCCAACUAUGGUGAGCGCAAAGGGUAAGGGCAAGGGCAACAAAGGAAAAGGUCAAAAACGCAAGUCAGAAGAGGAAGGCGAGGGCAACCCCAGCAAGAAGCCCAAACUUGCCAGGGAUCCGAUCCCGGCGGUGUUGAAGGGCAUGCACUCGCGCGCGCCGAAUAACAAAGCAAUCUGCUUCAGCGACAGACAACUUAGGCAAGUGCGCCCGUGGCAACAAGUGCCGCUUUGCGCGUGUGUGCUGCAACCCUGGCUGUUACAAGCCCCAUCCAAUGAGUGA